GGUGGCGGUGGUUUGUCACCGGUGUAUUUCAGCAGGGCGCGUGUCAGCAGCUGUCUGGGCUACCUUCAAGGAGGUCCUGAGCUGCUGAUGGGGGCGGCGGAGGCGGCCUUCUCAAACCCGGACGCGAUCCCAAGCCACGCUGGCGGUCCUGUUGACCGUCGCUCCAGGAGCAGCGUGAAUGGCAUGUUGCCGCCGUUUGACCCAGUAGUGGCGGCGGCGGGGCCAGCAGCAGCAACAGCAGCGGGGGGGCUGCCGUACUCGCCACGCCACAGCUCCAUUCUGCUGAACAUGGCUGCGGGUGGUGGUGGUGGUGGUGCUGGAGGAGGAGCGCUUGGAUCGCCCCGGGAGGCUGCUGCUGCUGCUGCUGCUUCGGGGCAGGUUGCUAACGAGGCGCCCAACCACCAGGGUGUACGACACUAUCUGAGUCAGCCCAUGGCGGUUUCGGAGCUGCCCGCUGUGGAACCAACCGGCAGCGGCGGUUGCGGUAACGGUAACGGCCGCCGCAGCAGUGUCACAGGCAGCAGUGUGCAUGGGGGCUGCAUCA